UCCUCCUCCUCCUUCCUCCUCACAGCGCUGGUCUCCAUCCAUCCUCCUCCUCCUCCUCCUCCUCCUGGACCACAACAGAUGGUGACAACAACAUUGCAUCCAGCGCGGGAACCCACAACAACAACAACAACACCUUCCGCAUCCUGUCCGUACAAGGCGGACUUCUCUCCGUAGUAAUGUUCCGGGGCAGCACAGUGUGAGCGUUUUUGACUCGACUCACCCACGGCCACGGAGUGUGCGUGUGCGUGUGUGUAUUUGGGGUGGGUGGUGGUGGUGGUGGUGGUGGGGAAGCUUCUCUUCGCUGUCUCCACCAUCGAGCUGGGGGGAAAAGAUGGCGGCCAUGAAAAUGUUAACCAGCGGAGGUCUCUUCCUGGCGUUCUGCGCGCUGGGGCUUCUCGCUAUGGCGAUAUGCACCGACUACUGGUACGAAACGGACGCCCGGAGACACCGGGAAAGGUGUAAAAACUACGCCAACAAAAGAACCGACCCGGGGUACAUCUACAUCUCCAACCACAACCUCCCACUCCAGAUGCCUCCCCAGAAGAAGAACGCGGGAGUCGGCGGGCCUCUCCUCAGAGCCAAGCGGCACUUCGUGGCAGCAGCGUCCGCCAUGGAGUCCCACUGCAGUCGGCAGUUUAACUCCACCGUGUCCGGCCUUUGGAGGAAGUGUCAUCGCGAGGGAUUCGACCUUGAGACCGAGGACCUUAUUUACAAAGGUAAAGGUAUUAUUCAACGAUGCGUCCCAGUAAAGUACCACUACACUUCCUCCAUCCUACCGCGAAACUUACCGGUAAACAUCACGAAGACCAUACGACAGGAUGAGUGGCAUGCACUACAUCUAAGAAGAAUGACGGCCGGCUUCGUGGGAAUGGCCGUAUCCAUCAUUCUUUUUGGCUGGAUCAUCGGAGUGCUGGGAUGCUGCCAGCAGCAUGACCUCAUGCAAUAUGUAGCUGGGCUACUCUUUCUAAUGGGAGGAACAUGCUGCAUCAUCUCCUUAUGCACGUGCGUGGCGGGAAUCAACUUCGAGUUAUCCCGCUACCCUCGCUACAUGUACGGCCUCCCCGAGGACAUUAGCCACGGCUACGGCUGGUCCAUGUUUUGCGCCUGGGGGGGCCUCGGCCUCACGUUGCUGGCCGGCUUCCUCUGCACGUUGGCCCCCUCCUUGAGCACGCCGGCUCGUACAACGACCCACAAGCCCAGGCAAGAGAAUGGAAGCGUGUGACAGGACCCGGCGAAUAAGACGCGGAACGCACAAAUCACACAAAGUACACUUUUUCCGAACCUUGAUGUGUUUAACUCAAAAAAAAAAUUUUUUUUAUUUUUUUUAAUUUUUUUUUAUUUUUAAAUUUUUUUUUAUUUUUUGUCUUAUCACCGCCUCGCCCCGCCCUCGACAUCGGCCAUCCUUCUCAGUGUUUAUUGUGCCUGAGUCGUGAUAGCAUCGUUUGGAGCAAAAAGAGGCUUCACACACAAAUUUUUGGACCUCCGGAUUUGGGGGGGGGCUCGGGGGGUUCGAACAUUCGUCCGAACAGGCCGAUGGCUUUUUAAUAGCACAAACGUUUGGUGUUUUUCGUCUUUGACUCGCUGACUUUACGGCAAUCUGAAAGUGACUGUUUUACAAUGGUGCUCGCCUAAGUCCGUUUUUUUAAAGGCACAUACACACACAAACAAAGAUGGCCGCCAACAGUCGAUGUUUGCGUUCUCGGUUUUGAAUGAAUCCAGCACAAAUUUUAAUUUAUCUACAAAGUGUUGUAAAAGUACAAAUGUGUCUUAUUGUGUGGAUUAUAUUUUUGUUUUUUUGGACUCGGAAUUAGCUUGUUUGUAUAUGUUAGCGUCGCUAACCUGAAUCCAUUGUAGGAUUUAGCAAGAUGGCGGCCAUUUUUUUUUUUUUUUUUUGGAAGGAAUAUAAAUUUUUGAGGUUGUGACUUGCGGGGCUUUUUGUUACAAAAAGUGGAAUUUUAAGUUGGAUUUUUCACCCAAAUUUUAGCUUAAAAGUGCUUAUUUUUUCACCAAAAAACAAAAGUACUUAAAUAAUAUAUAUAUACUAAAAUAUUGGAUAUAUUACUUCAAUUUUUUAAAAUUUUAUUUGAAGUAAUACAGUAGAUUCCAGCAUACAGAAGUCCCUCGCUGUUGCUACACUUCGAAUUUGUCGGUUACACUUUGUCAUUAUAGGUCAGAAUUGUUGUACUAAAAUAUUGGCUAUAUUACUUCAAGUGGAAUAAUUUUAAGGUGGAUUUUUCACCCAAAUUUUAGCUUAAAAGUGCUUAUUUUUUCACCAAAAAACAAAAGUACUUAAAUAAUAUAUAUAUACUAAAAUAUUGGCUAUAUUACUUCAAUUUUUUUAAAUUUUAUUUGAAGUAAUACAGUAGAUUCCGGCAUACAGAAAUCCCUCGCUGUUGCUACACUUCGAAUUUGUCGGUUACACUUUGUCAUUAUAGGUCAGAAUUGUUGUACUAAAAUAUUGGCUAUAUUACUUCAAGUGGAAACAUUUUAAGGUGGAUUUUUCACCCAAAUUUAGCUUAAAAGUGCUUAUUUUUUCACCAAAAAACAAACGUACUUAAAUAAUAUAUAUAUACUAAAAUAUUGGAUAUAUUACUUCAAUUUUUUAAAAUUUUAUUUGAAGUAAUACAGUAGAUUCUGGCAUACAGAAAUCCCUCGCUGUUGCUACACUUCGAAUUUGUCGGUUACACUUUGUCAUUAUUGGUCGGAAUUGUUUUUUAUGGUUCAAUAUUUAUAUUUGCAACAUAUUUUUUGCCUCAAUUAAGCGUUUUUAAGAAGAAAAAUAUAACCUGACGACACGGAGGAUUGGCGCUUCGAGGGUGAAUCCAUUGUAGGAUUUAGCAAGAUGGUGGCCAUUUUUUUUUAUGAAUUGCUGAGGUGUGACUUGCGGCUUUUCGCUACAAAAAGUGGAAAAAUUUUAAGUUGGAUUUUUCACCCAAAUUUUAGCUUAAAAGUGCUUAUUUUUUCACCAAAAAUCAAAAGUCCUUAAAUAAUAUAUAUAUACUAAAAUAUUGGCUAUAUUACUUCAAUUUUUUUUAAUUUUAUUUGAAGUAAUACAGUAGAUCCCGGCAUACAGUUGUUGCUACACUUCGACUUUGUCGGUUACACUUUGUCAUUAUUGGUCAGAAUUGUUUUUUAUGGUUCAAUAUUUAUAUUUGAAACAUAUUUUUUGCCUCAAUUAAGCAUUUUUAAGAAGUAAAAUGGCUAAAUGAAGUAAAAUACAAACAUAGGCAUUCAUCAGACGCGUAUUAAAACGUAAGUAACAAUGAAACAAGCUCUCCCAAUGCUAACAUGAGUUAGCAUUGUUGUCCAAUUUUUUUCCCGAUCAUGAAAACUGAUAUUUUUUUUAUGUCAUGUGUCAUAUGUCAUGUUACGCAUAUCGGUAUCGGAAAUUACGAAUUGGACGAUAUUGACGUAUCGUGAUGAUAUGUAGUAUUUUGCACUGGACACUAAGUAACGUUGCAUUAAAAUAUAAGUAAAAACAAAAGAACAACGCGGAAGUCUCCGUAUAUUAUUCCUUAUUUAUGUCUUAUGUGUGUUAUUUGCUAUUAUUAUGUCUACUAUAUUGGGUCAUUUGGUACUAUAGGGGUGUUAUUUCAUGCCCAGAGGGCUCUAAUAGUGUUAAAAAAAAUUUUUUUUUAGAAAGUUGUAAUUUUUUUUAUGGUCUAACUACAAAGAUAUUCCUAAAGAACUACCAUAUUGUGUAAUUGGGUAGUAUAGGGGUGUUACUUCAUUCCCAGAGGGCUCUAAUAAUGUUAAAAAAAAACGUAGAAGUUUGUAAUUUUUUUUAAUGGUCCAACUACAAAAAUAUUCCUAAAGAAGGAAUACCACUUCAUUUGUAUUUUUUUUUACUUUGUUCUUGAAUGCACCACAGUUAUUGGUUAUGUUGUUGGUUAUGGUUUUUGGUGAAAAUAAUAAUCAAUAGUAAGUAACUGAUAAUAACGCAAAUAAAGACAAGUAAUAAUACAUGAAAACUGGAGUAAAAAUGUUGCUUAAAAUUGCUUAAAUUUCCACUUUUUGUCGGGUUGCCCGUGCAAUUUUUUUUUAGUAGUAACACGACAAGAGGACUGCCGAUGUGUUUGAGCGCCUUCGUGCUUCAAAGAGCGUCAUGGAGGCCAAGGUGUGGCUCGAUCGGAGCCAAGAAAACACUUUUUUUUUUUCUAUUUUUGACACUACAAACAUGCAUUGUUGCACCGUGAGUGAGUCAUCAGAUGCAACCAUCGGCUGGAUGUUGCAGUACUUUUGUUGGAGGAAAAAAACACACAAAUAUUUGUUAUUUUUAUUCAAAUAUUUGAUUUUUUUUGUACAAGACUGUUUUUAAAAAUACAGUGGAUUCCCGCUUAUUCGCGAUUCAAGAUUUUUUUUUUUUUUUUUACUUUUCCCCAAAAGUAUAAUUUGCAAUUAAUUAAUACAAAUAUUAAAGAUACUACAGGUAAAAUCUAUAGUAGUAUUAGAAAGUACACCAUUUUACAUUUCCUUAGACUUUUUCUUUUGUUUUUUUUUUUUUUUUUCAUCAAACGGUGAAAUUUCCCACUUUUUUCAGCGGCCCUUGAACGCACCAUACUUGUAUGCCGAGCUGCAAAAGUGAAACUUGGGGUUCCAGUAUCUAUAAAAAAUGAAAAAUACACCACACCGUCAAUUCUACAAUCACAUAAACUGACAUUUUUUCAUUUUUUUCAUUGAACGGUGAAAUUUCCCACUUUUUUCAGCGGCCCUUGAACGCACCAUACUUCUAUGCCGAGAUGCAAAAGUGAAACUUGUACAUAAUUUCCCAAAACAGGACAAACUGCCACGUCAUUCCUGAGUACCUUUUACGUUUUAUACUUUAAAUGCGUACUUGUGUAGUACUUUUUCUACUUUCAAGGUACUCAAAGUACUUUGAAGACAAGGGGUUCCAGUAUCUAUAAAAAAAUAAAAAUACACCCCACCGUCAAUUCUACAAUCACAUAAACUGACAUUUUUUCAUUUUUUUCAUUGAACGGUGAAAUUUCCCACUUUUUUCAGCGGCCCUUGAACGCACCAUACUUCUAUGCCGAGAUGCAAAAGUGAAACUUGUACAUAAUUUCCCAAAACAGGACAAACUGCCACGUCAUUCCUGAGUACCUUUUACGUUUUAUACUUUAAAUGCGUACUUGUGUAGUACUUUUUCUACUUUCAAGGUACUCAAAGUACUUUGAAGACAAGGGGUUCCAGUAUCUAUAAAAAAUGAAAAAUACACCACACCGUCAAUUCUACAAUCACAUAAACUGACAUUUUUUUCAUUAAACGGUGAGAUUUCCCACUUUUUUCGGCGGACCUUGAAUGCACCAUAGCUGUAUGCCGAGACGCAAAAGUGAAACUUGUACAUCAUUUCUCAAAACAAGAUAAACUGCCACGUUAUUCCUGAGUACCUUUUACGUUUUAUACUUUAAAUGCGUACUCGUGUAGUACUUUUUCUACUUUCAAGGUACUCAAAGUACUUUGAAGACAAGGGGUUCCAGUAUCUAUAAAAAAUGAAAAAUACACCACACGUCAAUUCUACAAUUACAAAAAAGUGACAUUUUUCAUUUUUUUCCAUCAAACAGUGAGAUUUCCCACUUUUUUCGGCAGACCUUGAACGCACCAUAGACGCAAAAGUGAAACUUGUACAUCAUUUCUCGAUACAAAACAAACUACCACGUUAUUCCUGAGUACUUCUACGUUUCAUACUUUAAAUGCGUACUCAUGUAGUACUUUUUCUACUUUCAAGGUACUCAAAGUACUUUGACGACGAGGGGUUCCAGUAUCUCGAUGCGUCGAUACCCACUGUCGGAGGAUCGAAGCAGCAAACCUUCAGGUUAAAGCGGAAGUAAAAAAAACAAGAGAAUAGCGGGGAUCUACUGUAUACAAAGUACUAUGUACACAGAGUACUGUAUAUCUGAAGGAAUACUACCAGGAUGGCAUAGCACAAAGACACAAAUGAGCUGAUUUUUUUGUGUUGGCCAGACGCGAUUUUUAUUUUUUUACCUGGCCACCGCAAGACUUCGGUUUCAUUUCCCUUCAAGUUAAUGAUACCAGAUUGUUGCCGGAGAUGAGUCAUCGUGACGUGGUGUUAUGAGCUGUUUCUGUUAUUUAUUUAUUUGUUUUUUUUUAUUUUAUUGAAAAAAAAAGAUGUUAUUGUGUGUUGACAACGCUGACGUGCGUUCGGUCUUUUUCAUGGACUGACAAGUGUUGCCGUGUUGGAUGUUCGCACAUUUGUUAGCAUGUAACACACACUAUUGUGACUUGGAAAAGUCCCGUCCGAGCCUUUAUUGUGAAAAUCUCAUGCCAGUAACCAGCGGGGGAAGGUGAAUGUAAGAAGCGGGUGACACUUUCACUUUCACUUUUAUGAGGUUCGCCACCCCCAACUGCAGCAACAAGAGUAUUACCGUACGUGUCGACCUAACCGAAGCAAUACUGCACACUUGUGAUGUUUUUUGUGUACUUUUGUGCAGCGGUCGCGGGGGGGGGGUAUAGGAUACAGAAAUGAUCCAAAAUGAAAAACACACCAUCAAUUCUACAAUCACAUAAACUAACUUUUUUUUUUCAUCAAAUGUUGAGAUUUCCCACUUUUGUCGGUGGACCUUGAACGCACCAUAGCUGUUUGCUGAGACACAAAAGUGAAACUUGUACAUAAUUUCUCAAAACAAGACAAACUGCCACGUUAUUCCUGAGUACCUUUACGUUUCAUACUUUAAAUGCGUACUCGUGUAGUAUUUUUUCUACUUUCAAAGUACUCAAAGUACUUUGACGACAAGGGGUUCCAGUAUUUAUAAAAAAAAAUGAAAAGCACACCACACCGUCAAUUCUACAAUCACAUAAACUGAAAUUUUUCAUCAAACGGUGAGAUUUCCCACUUUUUUGGCAGACCUUGAACGCACCAUAGCUGUAUGCCGAGAUGCAAAAGUGAAACUUGUACAUAAUUUCUCAAAACAAGACAAACUGCCACGUUAUUCCUGAGUACCUUAACGUGUCAUACUUUAAAUGCGUACUCGUAUAGUACUUUUUCUACUUUCAAAGUACUCAAAGUACUUUGACGACAAGGUGUUCCAGUAUCUAUAAAAAAAACAUACCACACUGUCAAUUCUACAAUCACAUAUACAAACAUUUUUUUUCAUCAAACGGUGAGAUUUCCCACUUUUUUCGGCGGCCCUUGAACGCACCAUAGCUGUAUGCCGAGACUCAAAAGUGAAACUUGUACAUAAUUUCCAGACAAACUGCCACGUUAUUCCUGAGUACCUUUACGUUUCAUACUUUAAACGUGUACUCAUAUAGUACUUUUUCUACUUUCAAGGUACUCAAAGUACUUUGACGACGAGGGGUUCCAGUAUCUAUAAAAAAAAAAACACACCAACAAGUCAAUUCUACAAUCACAUAAAGUGACAUUUUUUCAUCAAACGGUGAGAUUUCCCACUUUUUUCGGCAGACCUUGAACGCACCAUAGACGCAAAAGUGAAACUUGUACAUCAUUUUUCAAAACAAAACAAACUACCACAUUAUUCCUGAGUACCUUUACGUUUCAUAUUUUAAAUGCGUACUCGUGUAGUACUUUUUCUACUUUCAAGGUACUCAAAGUACUUUGACGACGAGAGGUUCCAGUAUCUAUAAAAAUGAAAAACACACCAACAAGUCAAUUCUACAAUUACAUAAAGUGACAUUUUUUCAUCAAGCGGUGAGAUUUCCCACUUUUUUCGGCAGACCUUAAACGCACCAUAGACGCAAAAGUGAAACUUGUACAUCAUUUUUCAAAACAAAACAAACUACCACGUUAUUCCUGAGUACCUUUACGUUCCAUACUUUAAAUGCGUACUUGUGUAGUAUUUUUUCUACUUUCAAGGUACUCAAAGUACUUUGACGAUGAGGGGUUCCAGUAUCUAUAAAAAAUGAAAAAAACACACCACACGUCAAUUCUACAAUCACAUAAAGUGACAUUUUUCAUUUUUUUCCAUCAAACAAUGAGAUUUCCCACUUUUUUCGGCAGACCUUGAACGCACCAUAGACGCAAAAAUGAAACUUGUACAUCAUUUUUCAAAACAAAACAAACUACCAUGUUAUUCCUGAGUACCUUUACGUUUCAUACUUUAAAUGCGUACUUGUGUAGUACUUUUUCUACUUUCAAAGUACUCAAAGUACUUUGACGACGAGGGGUUCCAGUAUCUAUAAAAAUGAAAAACACACCAACAAGUCAAUUCUACAAUUACAUAAAGUGACAUUUUUUCAUUUUUUUCCAUCAAACGAUGAGAUUUCCCACUUUUUUCAGCACCUUGAACACACCAUAGACGCAAAAGUGAAACUUGUACAUCAUUUUUCAAAACAAAACAAACUACUACAUUAUUCCUGAGUACCUUUACGUUUCAUAUUUUAAAUGCGUACUCGUGUAGUACUUUUUCUACUUUCAAAGUACUCAAAGUACUUUGACGACGAGGGGUUUCAGUAUCUAUAAAAAUGAAAAACACACCAACAAGUCAAUUCUACAAUCACAUAAAGUGACAUUUUUUCUUCAAACGGUGAGAUUUCCCACUUUUUUCGGCAGACCUUGAACGCACCAUAGACGCAAAAGUGAAACUUGUACAUCGUUUUUCAAAACAAAACAAACUACCACGUUAUUCCUGAGUACCUUUACGUUUCAUACUUUAAAUGCGUACUCGUGUAGUACUUUUUCUACUUUCAAAGUACUCAAAGUACUUUGACGAUGAGGGGUUCCAGUAUCUAUAAAAAAAUGAAAAAACACACCACACCUGAACCAUGCCGCCCCCCACGUUAGUCACAGUUGUCAAAAUAUCAAUUUUUAACAUUAUUAGAGCUCUCCGGAAGUGAAAUAACACCCCUAUAGUAUAACUUUACACUCUGUUACCUCAUAGAUAUAAGACAAUAAGCCAUUUAAUACAUAAAUAACACUCAUACUCGCGUGUGUGUGUUGCUGUAAAUAUGUUAUUACAAAUCACCGCCGGAUGUUCGAUUUCGGUGACGGCCAUCUUUGACGUACAAAACUAAUUUAAAGAGACUUUUGAUAUGAGAGCAGGUUGAUGGCGAUUUUUUCAGGAUCGCGAGGCAAACACGAUUUCCCAGUCCGACAAAAUCCAACCGCUUUUUCGCGCGAUUAAUUUUGAUUAAUUUUAAUUUUAUUGCACGUUUACCGACCGUAGAAGCCCCGUAACGAAGCGGUUGUGACGUAGGCUUGUAGGGAUUAUUGUGCCUGUUGUGAGAUCAUUCAAACUUGCAAUAAAAGUCUGUUGUUCCGGCGAUCAAGUCUGGUGCUUGUGUGUCUCACCGAAUAUUACAUAGUGGUAUUACUGACACCUAGUGACCGGUGCUGAAUAUUACAUAUCUUUGAACGCAUCGGCCGAAUGAAUGUGUUUUAGUUCGGGGUCGCCAUUUUUAUGCUUGAAAAUUGUUAUUUAAAAAUAAUAAUAAAUAAAAAUAAAUAAAUGUUAUAAAUAAUUUAUUUAAAAUAUUAAUAAUAAAAUAAAAUCAUUAAAACAUAAUAAAAUAAAAUAAUAAAAUAAUAAAAUAAAAUAAAAUAAUAAAAUAAUAAAAUAAAAUAAUAAAAUAAAAUAAUAAAAUAAAAUAAUAAAAUAAAAUAAUAAAAUAAAAUAAUGUUUUAGUUUGGGGUCGCCAUUUUUAUGCUUGAAAAUUAUUAUUUAA